AUGUUGGUUCCGCCAGAAAACUUUGGGCUAGUAGAGCCAGGGAUAUAUCGAUGCUCUAAGUUGGAGUCAGAUAACUUUCCUUUUCUAGAGACGCUCAAGUUGAAAUCAAUUAUCGUGUUAGAUGCUGAGAAACCAACAAGGCUGUUGAAUAACUUUAUACAACCCAAUUCUAUAGAGGUCUUUAAUUUGGGUGAAAUGAAAGUAUCAAAUCAUAAUAAUGGUGGGUUUGCUGCAAGAACGAGUGAAAACAAUAACGUUGAAAAUGAGGAAAGCGAUAAUGAUGAUACCACAUCGGCCACGAGUGUUGGAUCAGGCAAACUUGAGAAUGCUGGUAAUAGUAUAGACGUGAUUAAUUUGCAUGCAAAGAAAAAGAAAAGCGAAGAAUGGAUGUUGAUUGAAGGUAACAUAGUAGCUAGUGCCUUUGAAUUGCUUUUGAAUAAGUCAAAACACAACACUUUAUUAAUAGACUCGACUUCAACCUUAGUAGGAAUAUUAAGAAAGAUCCAGAAGUGGAACUUCAGUUCAAUUUUGAAUGAAUACAGGAUAUAUAGUGGUUCUUCUACGAAGAGUAAUUACUAUGCAGAAAACUUCUUGGAGUUGGUGCAAAUUGAGCUAGCUCCUUUCGAAUUGGAUCAUCUUUCUCAUCAAAUAAAAGUUAUUGAAAGGCAAGAAGAGGAAGGCGAGAGAUCAAUACUCGAGGAAAGUCCUUCUUUGGGCAAGAUGACUCCAAAAGUUAGCCGCAAUGGCUCUUUUAGCGAUACUGCUUCAGUAAAUGAUGCUGAAAGUAUUGAUGACGAUGACAUGGAUGAUGAUAUGUUAUCUGCAUCCCCCCAGAUUCCUGCAAAUUUGUUGAAAUUAGUGGAAGAGAAGAAGUUGGAAAAGUGUAGAGAUCAAGCUAAUAAUUCUGAUAGUGAUAUUUCUCGUGGGAUGUCUCCUAAUACUGGCAGAGCGGUUCCUGGUAAUUUUUAUGGUAACGAUACGAUAUUUCCGACAAACAGGGCUAGUUUUGAAAGAAGACGCUCAUCAAUCGAUUCCAAAUAUAUCAUAAUGAACAAUAGAUUUAAAGCAAGAUCUUCAUCUGGCUCGACGUCAGCUAUUCCAACUUCAAAAUCUUUCGAUAGUGCUUCCCUGAAAAAGAUAAGGAAAGAUACGCAAGAUUUGAGUCGCUUAACGAGCGAAUACGAAAUGGCAAAAGAAAAGUAUGACUACAAAUAUUACAGAAGUCUCAACAAGAACCCAAUAAAGUUCGAAAACGUUGACAUUCUUAAACUAAAAUUACCCCCUUCGCAUAAGUUGCCAGAAUGGUUUACAAGAGGGAGAGAUUAUUGGGAAGAGACUUUUAAAAAAUCAAAUUUUACUUAUUCAUAG